ACCUCGAGUAAAUUAAAGUGUUGGGAGAAAUGACAUUAGAAAUUCAAUGUUUUAGUUAAAAUGUGUAAUAAUAUUAAUAUGUGCCUUUUUUGGACAACUUUAAAUGAUCUGUUUACAUACAACGAAACGAAUUAUAGAAACCAACCUCACAAAAAAUAUGAAAAAACUAGUUUUAACCAGUUCAAUGACUAAGCCAAGCGAACAUUGUAGGCAACAGUCAGUUCAUUAUAUCGCUUUCUUCGUGUUUGUGUUAAAAUUUUUUGUGUUUGUGUUUAUAAAAAAAGUUAUUUCAAAUAAGAACUAUUCAUGAAGAUUUUUCGUUAAAAUAUCCUCACAUUUAAUACAGGUACCUCAAUACCAAAAUGUGAGUUCCUUGCAAGAUUAAACUACUUUGCGCGAACUGAAUCUCUGGAAACGGCGUAGCUUCGCUGAGAUCUCGGCGUUCGAGUCUAUACGAGAGAGAAGCGUCGUUGAAAAAAUGAAUCCCAAAGUGGAAUUAUUGGAGGAUAUUCCUUCCGUCGAAUUGGGGGAAGGACCGCACUGGGACGUCGAUACUCAAUCUUUAUUUUUCGUGGAUAUAUUCGGUCACUCUAUACAUAAAUAUACACCGACCACUAAAAAACACUCCAAAGCUGUAAUAGAUUUACAUAAAACUUCUCCUGACGAUAAAUAUGAUAAAAUAAAUAUGGUGAGUUUGAUCAUUCCGAUCAAAGGAGAAAAAGACAAAUUCAUCGUUAGCGUCGACAGAGAAUUGUUGAUCGUCACUUGGGAUGGCAUCGCCGAAAAACCGUCGAAUUACCAAAAAUUAUACGAAGUAGAUAACGAGAGAACAGAACUUCUCACGAAUAGGUUCAACGACGGAAAAUGCGAUCCUUCUGGAAGAAUUUGGGCCGGUACGAUGGGUGAAGAACGAGUGAACGGUCAACCGGUACGAGGAAGAGGAUCUCUUUAUUCGUUCGAAAAUAAAACUGUAACGAAACGCCUCGGUCAAAUAGGCAUUUCGAACGGACUAGCCUGGAACGAGGAACUUAAAAAAAUGUACUACAUCGAUACGUUCAAAGAUUGCGUCGAGGAGUACGAUUUCGACAUUAGAACCGGCAACAUGUCUAACGGUAAACCGAUUUUCGACCUGGAUAAAAACAAAAUAGGAGGAUUUCCCGAUGGAAUGGCGAUCGAUACCGAUGGAAAUUUAUGGGUGGCGGUAUUCAACGGGUACAAAGUCAUUAAAAUCGAUCCCAGGAAACCCGAAACGCUUUUAACGUCGAUCCCGAUACCGGCUAAACAAGUUACGUCGGUGGCUUUUGGAGGGGCGAAUUUGGACGAGUUGUACGUGACGAGCGCCCGAUUCGCGAUCGAUGGAGUGGUGCUUCCGCCGCCGCAACACGGGGGUGUUUACAGGGUUACGGGACUGGGGGUUAAGGGGUAUCCGGGAGAUGCGGCGGUUUUGUGAAAUGAAAAUCGGAGUAAAUUCAUAAUAUAACUUUUAAUAUUUCGAAUAAUAAUAUUAAUAAAAUGAUAUUUAUAUAAAUGUUAUUAACUAUAAAAAAAAUCACACAUAUACCGUCUCUUUGGAAAUAAUUAAAAAAAGAGCAAUGGAAAUAGUGGCGGGUUGAUUGGAAAAUAAAUUCAUGCAAAUUGGAA